AUGGAGGCACUAAUUCCUGUGAUCAACAAGCUCCAGGAUGUCUUCAACACUGUGGGCGCCGACAUCAUCCAGUUGCCUCAGAUAGUCGUGGUGGGGACGCAGAGCAGUGGAAAGAGCUCAGUGCUAGAGAGCCUAGUGGGGAGGGACCUGCUUCCCAGAGGCACUGGUAUUGUCACCCGGAGACCUCUCAUUCUGCAGCUAGUCCAUGUUUCACCUGAAGAUCAACGAAAAACCACAGGAGAAGAAAAUGACCCUGCUACAUGGAAAAACUCAAGACACCUUUCUAAAGGAGUUGAAGCAGAGGAGUGGGGUAAAUUUCUUCACACCAAAAAUAAGCUUUACACGGAUUUUGAUGAAAUUCGACAAGAAAUUGAAAAUGAAACAGAGAGAAUUUCAGGAAAUAAUAAGGGAGUAAGCCCUGAACCAAUUCAUCUUAAGAUUUUUUCACCCAAUGUUGUCAAUCUGACGCUUGUGGAUUUGCCAGGAAUGACGAAGGUGCCUGUAGGUGAUCAACCUAAAGAUAUUGAGCUUCAAAUCAGAGAGCUCAUUCUUCGAUUCAUCAGUAAUCCAAAUUCCAUUAUCCUCGCUGUCACUGCUGCUAAUACAGAUAUGGCAACAUCAGAGGCACUUAAAAUUUCAAGAGAGGUAGAUCCAGAUGGUCGCAGAACUCUGGCUGUAAUCACUAAACUUGAUCUCAUGGAUGCGGGUACUGAUGCCAUGGAUGUAUUAAUGGGAAGGGUUAUACCAGUCAAACUUGGAAUAAUUGGAGUAGUUAACAGGAGUCAAUUAGAUAUUAACAAUAAGAAGAGUGUGACCGAUUCAAUCCGUGAUGAAUAUGCUUUCCUUCAAAAGAAGUAUCCUUCUCUGGCUAACAGAAAUGGAACAAAGUAUCUUGCUAGGACUUUAAACAGGUUACUAAUGCAUCACAUCAGAGAUUGCUUACCAGAGUUGAAGACAAGAAUAAAUGUUUUAGCUGCUCAGUAUCAGUCUCUUCUAAAUAGCUAUGGUGAACCUGUAGAUGACAAAAGUGCUACUUUACUCCAGCUUAUUACCAAAUUUGCCACGGAAUAUUGUAAUACUAUUGAAGGAACUGCAAAAUACAUCGAAACUUCAGAGCUGUGCGGUGGUGCUAGAAUCUGUUACAUUUUCCAUGAGACUUUUGGGAGAACUUUAGAAUCUGUUGACCCACUAGGUGGCCUUAACACUAUUGACAUAUUGACUGCUAUUAGAAAUGCUACUGGUCCUCGUCCAGCUUUGUUCGUGCCUGAAGUUUCAUUUGAGUUACUGGUCAAGCGGCAGAUCAAACGCCUGGAAGAGCCGAGCCUCCGCUGUGUGGAGCUGGUUCAUGAGGAAAUGCAGAGGAUCAUUCAGCACUGCAGCAAUUACAGUACCCAGGAGCUGUUGCGGUUUCCUAAACUUCAUGAUGCCAUAGUUGAAGUAGUGACUUGUCUUCUUCGUAAACGGUUGCCAGUCACAAAUGAAAUGGUCCAUAAUUUAGUGGCAAUUGAAUUGGCUUAUAUCAACACAAAACAUCCAGAUUUUGCUGAUGCUUGUGGGCUAAUGAACAAUAAUAUAGAGGAACAAAGGAGAAACAGGCUAGCCAGAGAAUUGCCUUCAACUGUAUCGCGAGAUAAGUCUUCUAAAGUUCCAAGUGCUUUGGCACCUGCCUCCCAGGAGCCCUCCCCUGCUGCUUCUGCUGAGGCUGAUGGCAAGGUUUUAUCUGGAAGUGGUGGGGUUGGAGAUGCUGUUCAAGAACCAACAACAGGCAACUGGAGAGGAAUGUUGAAAACUUCAAAAGCUGAAGAGUUAUUAGCUGAAGAAAAAUCAAAACCAAUUCCAAUUAUGCCAGCUAGUCCCCAAAAAGGCCAUGCGGUGAACCUGCUGGAUGUGCCGGUUCCUGUUGCACGCAAACUUUCUGCCCGCGAGCAACGAGAUUGUGAAGUUAUUGAACGACUCAUCAAAUCUUACUUCCUUAUUGUCAGAAAGAAUAUUCAAGACAGCGUGCCAAAGGCAGUAAUGCAUUUUUUGGUUAAUCAUGUGAAAGAUACUCUUCAGAGUGAGCUAGUAGGGCAGCUGUAUAAAUCAUCCUUAUUGGAUGAUCUUCUGACCGAAUCUGAGGACAUGGCGCAGCGUAGGAAAGAAGCAGCUGAUAUGCUAAAGGCAUUACAAGGAGCAGGUCAAAUUAUUGCUGAAAUCAGAGAGACUCAUCUUUGGUGA